UCUAAUUAUUAUGGUUUGUUCAUCCGUUAUUCUGUCUCCAGAAUUUCAAAGAAUAUUCCUACAACGAAAGAUGUUGAACCACUGCUUGAAAUUGAUGGAGAUAUACGGAACUUUGAAGUAUUUUUAUCUUCACGAACACCUGUUCUUGUAGCACGUGAUGUAAGAACAUUUUUGCCAUGUACUGUCAACUUAGAUCCCAAACUACGAGAAAUCAUUGCAGAUGUUCGUGCUGCAAGAGAUCAAAUGAAUAUAGGAGGACUUCCUUAUCCCACAUUGCCUUUACAUGAGGCACCUGCCAGAGCAGCAUCUCUGUUCAGUCAGCCUUCAUCAGCCUGCUCUUCUACAACCUCUUUUAAUGGACCUUUCAACAGUGGAGUUCUAUCACCCCAACCUCACAGCAGUUACUAUAGUGGUAUGACAGGACCUCAGCAUCCGUUCUACAAUCGGCCAUUCUUUGCCCCAUGUAUUUACAUGCCAAGGUAUUACCCUGGCAGUUAUCAUCUCAUCUCACGUCCACUAAAAACGAGUUUGUCCAGAGAUCAGAGCAAUGGCCUAGAUGUUAUCAAGGAGGAUGCUGAUGAGGGGCUUUCUUCACCCACAGACCCCUCAAUGCUGUGUAAGUCUGGGUUAAGCAGACCAAGACAGGGAGGAGGAGCAGGUGCAGGACCAACCACAGGAGUUUCACAUGUCUCUCUGAGCACAAUGAGUGUGGAAACUGUAUGUGAGAAGCUAAAGCAGAUAGAUGGUCUGGACCAGAGUAUGCUGCCUCAGUACUCUGCAAUUAUAAGAAAGGCGAAUAUAAAUGGCCGUGUCUUGGCUCAGUGCAACAUCGAUGAACUGAAAAAAGAAAUGAAUAUGAAUUUUGGUGACUGGCACCUGUUCAAGAGCAUGGUAAGACUUCUUCAGUAUUCCAGGACAUCAUAAAUUAGUCUUUUCUAU